GUUUCGCAGACAGUCUCCAUCAGAUCCCUAAUCCGAGCAAUGCCGGAACUGCCACCACACGGCGGCGGGGAUGCCGGAGCUCCACCGCAUAUGUCGGAAGAGGAGAAGCCUCUAAAUGACCAAAACGCCGUCGAUAAACCCGACGCGAAUCCUCCAGUUCUUUCAAAGAAUGCACAGAAGAAGCUGGCGAAGCAGCGGCGAUUCGAGGCGAAGAAGGCAGAGAAGAAGAAGGCGGCGAAGGAGCAGAAGCAAAGAGAUGCAGAGAGAAAGCGAAAGGAGUGGGAAGAGAGCCUCGCCGGAGUUUCCGAAGAGGAGAGAGCGAAGCUCGUAGAGUCUCGAAGGACCCUCCGCAAAGAGAGAAUGGAUAAGAGGUCGCAGGAGAAAGAGAGCAAGAGAGAGAGACUCUCGUUAGCCAGAGAACAAGGCCAAAACGUCGUCGUUGAUCUCCAGUUCUCUCAUCUCAUGAACCCUAACGAAAUCCACAGCCUCGUUCAGCAGAUUAUGUAUUGUUAUGCAGUGAAUGGAAGGUGUGCUUCCCCUGCUCAUCUUUGGCUCACUGGCUGCGGUGGAGAAAUGGAGAACGGAUUGAAGCGGAUUCCAGGGUUUGAUAAAUGGAUAAUUGAGAAGGAAAAUAGGUCUUACAUUGAAGCCUUGCAUGAUCGUAAGGAGAAUUUGGUUUAUCUCACGGCAGAUUCGGACACUGUUCUUGAAGAACUUGAUUUGAAGAAGAUUUAUGUUAUUGGUGGGUUAGUGGAUAGGAACCGGUGGAAGGGGAUAACCUUGAAGAAAGCACAAGAGCAAGGAAUCCAAACGGCUAAACUCCCUAUAGGAAGUUUCAUGAAGAUGUCUAGUUCUCAGGUUCUUACUGUGAAUCAAGUGGUAGAAAUACUACUCAAGUUCUUGGAGACAAGGGAUUGGAAAACAUCUUUCUUUGCUGUUAUCCCGCAACGGAAAAGAUUUCAAGUCGAUUCAGAAGGAAAUGCAGAAGAUGAAAUAGAGAAAGAUGAACAAAAUGAUGAUCUAACAGCAAGUAAAAAGAAAUGUGUUGAGGAGGUCCCUUGUAACAGUUAGAAUUGUCAAUAGCUCAAAAGUAUAUUUUCCUGGCCAUUGCAUGGAGUGUAAAACUCAACCCAACACAUCAUGACAGAAGUUUCUAAUCAGAGCUACAUGCACACUUCAUACUUACAUAGGGAAUUAGCAUAAUUUUUGUAUGUUUUUUUAACAAUCUGUAACGGGAUUUUUCAUCGGGUAUUGCUCUGAAGUACUUCUACGAGAUAUACAAAUACCUCUCUGAUGACCGUGGGAUUUUUGGAAUGUUGCUCUUCGGCUUUUGGAUUCAUUUGCUGUUGUAUUUGAUUCAGUACCUAACUUUAAACUUUUUUUUUUUUAAUUUUUAAAUUUAUGAAUUGCGAUUCAGCAAUUCUUUGCCC